UUACAGUCACCAUGACAACCGCAGGAAACGAAGUUAACUCCACAACAACUUGACUGAAGAGAUAGAGAGUGAAAUCAUCCUUUCUUUUGCUUGAUAGCUUGUUGAGUAGUUUCCUACAACGACAUGGACCCGUCUGUAGUUCUCCCUGUGGAAGCAGAGGGGUUUGUUGAGAGUCUGGAGACUCUCUCCCUGAAGGAGGUGGGCUCUGAGAGGUGGUUCAGACAGCAUGCGCACAUCGAGAAACUUAACAUGCAGGCAAUACUGAAUGCUUCUGCCAUGCACGAUGAGUUUGUCAAGGAGCUCCUGGUGUCAUAUGGAAAGAUACCUGUUCUGGUCCAUGAAAUGAUCCUUGUUGAAGUGUGGAAGCACAAAGUGUUCCCCAUUUUAUGUCAGCUGGAGGACUUUAAUCCCAAGAACACAUUUCCUCUUUACAUGGUGAUCCACCAUGAAGCCACGAUCAUAAACCUACUUGAAACGAUAAUGUAUCAUAAGGAGUCAUGUGAGGCAGCUGGUGACUCUGUUCUUGACUUGGUGGAUUACUGCCACCGCAAACUCACCCUGCUGGCCAGCAAAGCGACCAGGGAGGGCGCCACGACUCAUGACCCUCUGGGAUCUGACUUGAUGAAGGAGUUGCAGAUGCAGAGUGCUGCACAGGAGUUUGAAAUCUCCCUGAAGGCUGUGUCUGUGCUGCGCUUCAUCACUGAUCACACCGAGAGCAUCAGUGUCAUCAAUCGCAUGAUGUGUACCCAUAACAUGCCCUGUGUGCUGGUUCAGCUGGUUGACUGCUGCCCUUGGAGUCGCUGUGAAGAAGGUGAAGUAGAAAAGUACAUAAAUGGCAGAUGGCAGAAGAUUCCUGCUGAGGACCAUUUGAAGAUGACAAAACUAGAUGGUCAGGUGUGGAUUUCCCUUUUCAAUCUGCUGCUGAAGGAAGACUGCCAGAGGAAAUAUGACUUCAACAACUUCAACAAGAACCAGCUUCUAAAGCUCCGGGGUUUCCUAACAGAGGUGUUGAUCGAUCAGCUGCCAAACCUGGUGGAGUUGCAGCGUUUCCUGGCUCAUCUCACCGUUACAGACCCUGCCCCUCCAAAAAAAGAACUCGUUUUGGAGCAGAUCCCAGAAAUGUGGAGCCAUAUUGUGAGAGAGAAUUCUGGGAAGUGGAAGGCAAUAGCAAAGUAUCAAGUCAAAGAAGCGUUCAGCCCAUCUGAGAGUGACCUGAGGCUGCAGGCACAGAGGUUGAACCAGGUGUACAAUUUGGAUGUGAUGGAGAGUUUACUCCCCGAGAAGCCAAAGUGUGGAUGCUGUGGGAAAGAGGCUGCAAAGAGAUGCUCUCGAUGUCAGGGAGAAUGGUACUGUCACAGAGAAUGCCAGGUGAACCACUGGUCUAAACACAAGAGAGCCUGCCAGCUGAUGGCUGAGGCCACAGAGAAGAUCCAGAGGGACUUAAACAUCAACAGCUAACAGAGAGAGUCUGCUGAAGCUCAUCUAAGGACUGGUGGUGGACAGGAGAUAAGACUCUUGAGUCAAAAGAUGGGGGAAGAAAUCUGCAUGUGCACGAUGCAAAUUUGCAUUCCUGUACAUUUAAAAUCUUUCUUUUAAAGCGGGAAAAGUUUAUGCCCAGUUACAGAAGAUUGUUGUUCCUUUUUGUUUUGGAUAGUCUACUGUUGUGUUUGUUUAUGUUAACCCUGUGGAGUACUGUUUUAACCAAUAAAUCAAUUGUCUAAUUGAUAAAAGAG